UGCUCCCCCCGGCCCCCCUGGGGAUUUUCUCACAAAUGGUGUCCAACUUUUCCCUUCUGUGUUUUGCUUUUCCACCAGAGAUCACAGCACGCCGCUCCCAGCCUCCCCCUGACCCUCUGUUUACACAACUGGGACAAAUUUCACACCUGGGGGACCGCUGCCCCCCGCACCCCUGGCCCCUGCCCUGAAGAAUUUGAGUCACCAGCCGGCGCGGGGCUAUAAAGGCAUCCUCGCGCGGGGCUGCGGCCUCGGAGGGGACAUCGCUGCCGCCUCUGCCCGCCACCAUGGAAGCUACCGCCUGCUGCCUGCCUGCUGCCUGGCCCCGGCUGCCCGCAGCCGGCACUGGCCUGGCCCCACGGCCUGAGCAAGGGGGCAGAGCCCUGCCUCUCUGGAGACCGUGGCUGCCCCGGGACGAGGAGGCGUCCGGCCCGCAGAUGCAUACCGCUCGGCCCCACGGUGCGGCGGGGGACGGCGGCCCCGACAACGCGGCGGGGGACAAGGCGCUGGCGCCCUUCCACCACCCGGUCAGGCUCCUCUGGCCCAGGUCCAAGUCCUUCGACUAUCUGUACAGCGUGGGGGAGAGGCUGCUGCACAGCUUCCCCGUGCAGGCCACGCUCUGCCUCUACGACGACUCGGACAGCGAGGAGGAGGAGGACGACGAGGAGGAGGAGGAGGAGGCCGUGCCCCCCCGGGAGCCAGGCUCCCCGCGGCGGGCACCCGGCGCAGCCCGGGCGGUGUGAGGGCGCCCCGUGCGCGGGCAGCGAGGGCCGGGCGCCGGCGGCGUGAGGGAGGGCGGGACCUGUCCGCCCCGGCCGGCCCUGGGCCGUGACCGGGGUCUCCCCGGGUGCCGCGCGGCACCGGGGAGGCGGGGGAGGCGGCAGCACUACAACUCCCAGCACCCCCCGCGGCAGAACCCCGGUCCCGCCAUGGCACUCUCCCAUUGGGUACAGGCUCGCCCAAUCUCGCUUGGAUUGGGGGGGGAUGGGCAUAGCAGUCCGCCCACUCCCCCUUCGCGCUCCCAUUGGGCAAGCAGGAUGAGGGGGCGGUGCGUGCUGGCCGCGGCCGGUUCGAUUGGCCGAGAGGCGGCGUUUGGGUGGG